AUGGAGCCGCCUCCAGCCUUUCAGGGAAGGGGUGUCCCACCCCGGGCCCCAGGUGCACAAGUUCGUCCAGUCCAGGUGGCGCAGGUUACGAUUCCCAAGGCGCAGCCUCCGUCACUGCCUCCAGGGACCGCAACGCGUCCGAGGCCGUUCGCUUUCCCACCUCCGCGGCUUCCAGUGUCGGACUCUCUUCGUCAGGCCGUGCAGCCUGUUCCAGGUCGUAAUGAAAUCUGCAAGUACGGCUCAUCAUGCGAGCGCGCGGGCUGCUGGUAUUUGCACCCUUUCGGCCGUGCCAUCGACCUCAAUCCCCUGAAAGCCAUGUGUCAUUGGGGCGCUGCUUGCGAUAAGGUUGACUGCUGGCGAGUCCAUCCGCCGGAGCGAGAUGACUUUGUCACUCCGCCACAAGACUUCUGCCUGUACCUCGAUGAGAUUCCCAUGGUGCGCCCUGACGUGGCUGCUUUGCCAACAGACAAGGAGGUCUUUGUCGAUCCUUUGCCUUUCGAGAAGGGCACCGAGGAGUUGGGUCAAUUUCUGGCAGCUUUUGGCGAGGUCGAGGAAGUGCCUCGGCUGCGAGGGGUCUCAGUUACUGUAGGGCCUUGGAAUAGGGGAUCCCAGAUUCGAAGCGUGGUGCAGACAAGUGAGAACUACUCGUAG